AGACUGUGCUGUCCACAAACUGUAAAUUGUAGGGAUAUAGAAGGCCGUCAGUCCACACCCUUACAUUUUGCAGCAGGGUACAAUCGAGUCGCUGUGGUGGAAUAUCUGUUACAACAUGGAGCAGAUGUCCAUGCUAAAGAUAAAGGUGGCUUGGUUCCAUUACACAAUGCUUGUUCCUAUGGACACUAUGAAGUGACAGAGCUGCUUGUCAAGCAUGGAGCGGUAAUUAAUGUAGCUGAUUUAUGGAAAUUCACACCUUUACAUGAAGCUGCAGCAAAAGGGAAAUAUGAAAUUUGCAAGCUUCUCCUACAGCAUGGAGCUGAUUCAACGAAAAAGAAUAGAGAUGGAAAUACACCUUUGGACCUGGUUAAAGAAGGAGAUACAGACAUUCAGGAUCUCCUCCGUGGGGAUGCAGCCUUAUUGGAUGCUGCCAAGAGAGGCUGUGUAGCUCGAGUGAAAAAAAUCUGCACGGUGGAAAAUGUCAAUUGUAGAGAUACACAAGGCAGACAUUCUACCCCGUUACAUUUAGCAGCUGGCUACAACAACUUGGAAGUUGCAGAGUACCUGUUACAACACGGUGCUGAUGUGAAUACACAAGACAAAGGGGGACUUAUUCCAUUGCACAAUGCAGCAUCAUAUGGGCAUGUGGAUGUGGCUGCUUUACUUAUUAAAUUCAAUGCUUCUGUGAAUGCCACUGAUAAGUGGGCUUUUACACCACUGCAUGAAGCUUCUCAGAAAGGAAGGACACAACUUUGUGCGUUGCUUCUGGCACAUGGUGCCGAUCCUACGCUGAAAAAUCAGGAGGGGCAGACCCCAUUAGAUCUGGUUACAGCUGAUGAUGUACGUGCCCUCCUAGCAGCAGCUAUGCCUCCAGCAUCUUUACCAGCAUUUUAUAAGCCACAGCUUAUCAAUGUUUCCCAGCCCACAUCCUCAACAGCAGGAGUCUUAUCUUCAGUACCUUCAAGUCCACCCACACUUUCUGCUGCCAGCAGCUUGGAUAACCUGGCCACCGGUUUUUCAGAAUCGCAGUCUACAGCUAGUGGUGGAGCUGAGGGCGGCACUGCAGCUUUGGAGAAGGAGGAAGUGCCAGGAGUUGAUCUAAGCAUUAAUCAGUUUUUGCGGAGCCUUGGACUUGAACACUUGAUUGACAUCUUUGAGAGAGAACAGAUCACACUAGAUGUUCUAAUUGAGAUGGGACACAAGGAGUUCAAGGAGAUUGGAAUUAAUGCUUAUGGGCACAGGCAUAAAAUAAUCAAAGGUUUGGAGCGGCUCAUAUCAGGCCAACAAGGUUUGAAUCCUUACUUGACACUUAACACCUCUGGCAGCGGAACUAUAUUAAUUGACCUAGCUCCAGAUGACAAAGAAUUCCUGUCUGUGGAAGAGGAGAUGCAAAGUACUGUCAGAGAGCACAGGGAUGGAGGACAUGCUGGUGGAGUCUUCAACAGAUACAAUAUAUUAAAGAUUCAAAAGGUGUGCAAUAAGAAACUCUGGGAAAGAUACACACAUCGGCGAAAAGAGGUUACAGAGGAAAAUCAUAAUCACGCCAAUGAAAGGAUGUUAUUUCAUGGUUCUCCAUUUGUAAAUGCAAUAAUUCACAAAGGGUUUGAUGAAAGGCAUGCAUACAUUGGUGGUAUGUUUGGAGCUGGCAUAUACUUUGCUGAAAACUCUUCAAAAAGCAACCAAUAUGUCUAUGGAAUCGGAGGUGGAACGGGCUGUCCAGUGCACAAAGACAGAUCUUGUUACAUUUGUCACAGACAGUUGCUGUUUUGUCGAGUGACAUUGGGGAAAUCAUUCUUGCAGUUUAGUGCUAUGAAGAUGGCACACUCCCCUCCUGGUCAUCAUUCAGUAACUGGGCGGCCUAGUGUUAACGGACUUGCUCUAGCGGAGUAUGUCAUUUACCGGGGAGAGCAGGUAACAAGGAGACUUUUAUUUUGA